AUGCGGCAGUUUAAAUUAUCUUCCCUGGCCACGUUCGCUGCAUGUGGCGCUCUCAUUGUCCAGGCAGUGCGAGCUCCUCGAGAUGUCACUCAGGGAAGUGAUGCUUCUACCACUCUCACCACGGCAGAGCGGCAGUCGUCGCUGAGUACAACAACGGCAGUUAUUUCUUCAACAGAGGAUGGCGCAACGGGUGCUGAUUAUACAACUGGCAACAGUGCAACGAUAACCAGUUCUGCGACUGGCGAUAGUGCAGCAGCAGCCAACUCUACAUCUGCCGACAGCACCAGGACAACUGUCACCGCUCCCGCUGUGACAGGUAACAGCUCCUCCGCGUCGAACGCCAGCACACCGACCUCUACGACCAUAGCAUCCGCGCCGCUGAAUACGUCCGCGGCUGGAGAUGGAGGGAAUGCAACGAGCGCGGAUCACCUUCCGCUUCAACCCAAGAUCACUCCAGGACUGGGCGUUGCUGGCGUUGUUCUUAUAAUCUUUGGGGCAAUAUAUGGGUUCAUUGGGAUCCGACAAUCAUGGAUACAUGUGUUCCUGUCCGCGGCGUUCUUAGGGGGUCUGGCAGUUUCUGUGAGUGGUCUUGUAAAACUGCUGGAGUUAAUUAUCACUGAUAAUGAAUAUUCCAAGCUCCUGGUCAUCUACCUUAUGAGCCUUCCCGUCAGCACUGGGAUACAGGGAGGUUAUGUCGUUGCCGCAAUUCUGACUGGUGCCGUGCUCGGACUAUUCUCUAUAGCCUUUACAGAGUGGACAGAAGGACUAGGCGGUCUCCUAGGAGGGUUUAGUUUUAGCAUGUGGCUUCUUACCUUGAAACCGGGGGGCCUCCUCGAAGGGACUGGACCCAAGGUCGGGCUUAUCUGUGCGCUUUGCGCGGCCUUCUAUGCUCUGUCCUUUAUCAAACACGUACGAAUCUAUGUGUUGAUCGCAAACAUUGCCUUCUCGGGAGCCACGGCACUCAUGUUGGGAAUCGAUUGUUUUACGCGAGUCGGUUUGAAGGAAUUUUGGCUAUAUAUUUGGGAUAUCAAUGACAAUGCAUUCCCAACGAGUACUUCGACGUAUCCAAUCACCCACGCACUCCGUGCAGAAACGGCCGUGAUACCUGUGGUGUGGCUCUUGGGUGUCCUGUCCCAAUUCAGGUUUUGGAACGUGAUCAGCCAACGUCUGAAAACCGAGGAUCAAAUACGAGAUGAAGAAAGACUAAGAGAGGAAGAAGCCGAUGCCGAGGCCGGGAAACGUAUGGGAGAAAUCACUGCGAGGGAGUUAUCAGAGUGGGAGAGGAUGUACGGUGGUGACCUUCCCAGGAGAAAAGUCAAGGGAGUGUUGACUAUAAACAAGAUUUCAGAACCAGAAUCAGGGUCAGAAACGGACAUUUCGGGUCAUGGACAAGAAGAGCACUCGGCAAUAGCAUCCACGGGGCGAGAAGAUGCUGAUGAUUCAAAGCAAAAUUCUACUCGAGAUUACGCAUCAGAUCUCAUCUCAAUUCGAGGAUCUGAACUGAAUGUGCUUCGCGCAAGAUCUCGUCAAUGGUUUGCGUCUAGGAAGCCAAAUAUGAGUAGUAGUAUUCUCGCUGGCCCGUUUGUGAACUCGAGUGGUUCAAUUUCAUCCGUCGCAGGAGUUAAGGAUGAAUAUGAGUGGAGUGUCACAUCAGAAGACCAUCACGAUUCAAAGCCGAAAGAAGCUACGGGGCAGCAAUCCAAAGAAAAUCCCAAGUCUCUGGAGGCACAGCAAAUUGGUGAUGAUCAGACUGAACAAGGGCAGGAACAUGUGUCUGUUCCUGUAUUUGCAGAACACAGUCUCACGGAUUCACAAGGAACCGGUCUAGCUUCAGCGCUACCAGAAGCUAACGGCGAGAAUGUGGAAUCGCAAGCGGAAGAAUCCCCGCAAGAAAGGUCGAUCAAUCCGAUUGACAAGACAGUGCCGUCUCCAUCGAAGGCAGGCCAGGAGCAAGAGACUGAGAAGCAAGAAUUAAAGGAGGAAACUCUGAAAAGAUUUUCUGCACACAAGACUAGAAUUGGCUCAUCCUACCGAACCUACGAGUGGACUAAGCAAGUCCCUGCCGGGGAGUCUCUGGAAGCUGAGCCGAUUCAGCCUCUUAGCACUGGUUCGUCAGAGACACUACUGUCGGAUGAAGCCACUGUGCCAGUGCAUGUCGAUCAACUGCUCCAAACGCCAUUGAACGCUGCACCUCCUCCUGCUGGUCAACGUCAUGCCUUGACUGGAGAAGAGGCAUUCAGAUUAAACAAACAUCGUCGACGGUCCAAUGCACCCAAGAGCUCGUCUCACUCUCGGAAUAGAACAUGGGACUUCAAGGAUUCCACAACCCCGAUCCUUGGCCAUAGGCACCGUCCUGACAUGCAUUCUCGAUCGGUUUCCCUUGGCAAGCUUCCUCAGCCUCCCACGCAGCAGCGCGGCUUUCGAAAAACGUCUAUUCCGCAAAAUACGAAUACUGUCUCCCCGAGACAACAAGUGGUAGUAGACAAGUUCAAGGGGCCUGCAUUGCAAAGCUCUCCUUCACUCUUGGACAUCCAGGACAGUAUGGUGCGCAAUAAGUUGUCCUCGAUAUCGUUGCCGCAGGACCCUUGGUUUGCCAACGGCAAGUCCGGACGGCUACGUAGCAGAUCUUUCGCUGUCACAUCACAACCUCUGGGGAGUCCCGCCCACAAUGAAAGUGCUGGUAAUGUAGCCCUUUCACCGCGUCGAGCCUCGAGAGAGAGGCAGCAGCAACUGAUGACGCAGGCCUCGCAGGCUGCUUAUGCACAUCAUAAGCGGAGGCUAGAACGGCGCCCGGACCCCACCAUGCUUGGGACACCCGAUCUCAUCGCAUGCCAGUCGUCCUCUCUGGGUCAAACGCCGCGGCGUCCACAACAUCACAGUUCGAGCUUGGUGGGCAGGCCGCAGAGCGAUCCGCAUAACGAUAUGCACCGGGAGAUGAUGCGGCGGAUGCAAGCCAGGGUAAACGAGAAUCCGCAGAAAUAA